AUGGCAAGACUCUGUAAUGCAGGCUCUGACGCUGCAUCUCAAGGAACGAACUCUCCUAAGGGAAAAAAGAUCUUGUCCAUGUUGCAGCUUGGAAUUCACAAUGUUCCUAGUAUCAGUAGGUCUGAUACUGCAACAGAUGAAGAACUCAACCCCCACCUAAAUGAACGAUUUGGUCGAAGAGCCGCCUUUCAAGACCCUAAACCCCCCAUACAACCCACAUACAGUAUGACCUUAGCUCUCGACAUUCGAAAGUACGCGAAAAAGCUUGAAGCUGUCACCAACGCUUCAUCACCAGCAGCAUGGCAUGGGAUUUCUGAGUUUCCAAAAUGGUCGGAAGUCUUUGACCCAGGUCGUCGAGCCCAUAACGAGGACGUAGAGCUCGAUAGUAACACAAUUGUUGGCCCAUUUUCGUCCAAAGAGGAUUAUCUAGCCCGACAUUACAACCUUCUCCGCGAAGAUGCUGUGGCUCCUCUUCGUGACGUAGUUUCAGAAUGUCAGAUAUAUCCGCAUAUGUCAGAAAGAACUUCAAGAAAUGAUGCCUAUGUGUACGACAAAACCUUUAUCAAUGGCUUCACAUUUACUACAUCGGGACUCGCUGCUCGGCUCACCUUUUCACUUGGUCGUGUUGGCAAAAAGAUACGAUGGGAGCAAUCGAAAAGGCUGAGGACCGGAACCUUAGUAGCCCUUACUCCAGCAAAUGCUCCCUUUAAAUCUAUUGUUCGUGUUGCGGUUGUUGCGGCUCGGCCAAUAUCUGGGCUCGAAGAAAAUCCGCCAACAAUCGAUGUGUUCUUCACCAUGCCAGAAGAAAUAGAAAUCGAUCCACAGCAGGAAUGGGUCAUGGUCGAGUCACGUAAUGGAUUUUUCGAGGGUCAUAGGCAUAUGUUGAGAGGUCUACAAAUGCUAGCCAACGAAGCCUUCCCGUUGUCAAACCAUAUUGUCAAUAUUGAGCGCAAUAUCUUACCACCUCGGUACCGUACCCUUCGUCCGACUAUGGAUUGUAGCAGCAUCUUUACUACUCUUACUACUGAUGAAAAGAAAAAUGUGGAUGUCACUCAAGACUUGCCUUCUUGGCCCUCAUUACUUGACAGUACGCAGCUCCAAGCUCUCCAGCGCAUUUUGGGGAAGCGAUUGAGUAUCGUCCAAGGUCCUCCUGGCACAGGGAAGACUUUCGUAUCCGUGGUUGCCAUUCGCUUGAUGCUGGAAAACAGGAAGCCAAACGAUCCACCGAUCAUUGUAUCAUCACAUACAAACCAUGCUUUGGAUCAAUUGCUUCGCCACAUAGCCGAAUUUGAACCAGAGUUCGUUAGAAUUGGUGGUAUGUCUACUGACCUGGAGGUCGUCCGACCUCGCACACUCUACGAGAUAAAGCAAGCCGUCAAUUUUCAGGAUCCGAAAGGUUGCCUAAGAGCACCGGCCUUGAAGGAGCUCAGGCAAUUGACUAAGGAGAUGAAAUCUUUGCUAAGCAGUCUAAUGGCAGGUGACAAGCUGCCCUCCGCGGAAUCUUUUGAACAACAUGGCGUCAUUUCCGCCAAACAACGAGAGUCUCUGGUCAAAGGCGCGCAACAAUGGUUUGAUUGUGAUUCGAAUGCACAGGAUGUGCUUGACUAUUGGCUGGGUGAUCAAAAGAUUGAGACCAAGCUGCGAAUAGCGCCAGAGGACUUCGGCCUUGAGCUUGAGGAGGUCGAUCUCGAGAUCGAACAGAUCCGAGAGAUCGAGGCUGAGCAGAGAACCCUGGACGAUGAGGACCCUGAGAUCCUACGUGGAGAAUGGGUUCAGCUGAAUGAAAAAUGGACGGGACUAAAAGUUCCUGGAGUUUCCAUGACUAAUAUGACAAGUGAGAUGAAGAGGCAAGACAUGUACGAUAUUCCAGAAGCUCUUCGCGGUCCAUUGUACAGGCAUAUGCAGAUGAAGCUGAAGGGGACCAUACGAGAUCGUCUGCGGAACAAGGCCAAGCGCUAUGCUUCUCUUGUUCAAGAGGCAAAAGUUGGGCGUAUGGAAGUCGAUUAUAAUUUCAUCAAGGACGCAAAGAUCCUAGGCUUGACAACGUCUGGACUUGCUAAGUAUAGACCCCUCCUUCAGAGCCUCAAACCGAAGGUGGUUUUAAUCGAAGAGGCUGCGGAGACCCUGGAAUCCUAUAUUUCCAUAUCAUGCUUUGAGUCGCUCGAACAUCUGAUUUUAGUGGGAGAUCACGAACAACUUCGUGGUCACUGUCACGUGCAGGACUUGGAGCUGGAGCCUUUCUAUCUCGGUAUCAGCAUGUUUGAACGCCUAGUGAGAAAUAGUCUUGAUUACACUCAGCUUCAGAGCCAAAGACGAAUGAUACCUGAAAUCAGACGUGCAUUGACCCCCGUGUAUCCGGACCUCCGAGAUCAUGACUCUGUGUAUAAUCGACCACCUGUACCUGGUAUGGCCGCGGAUACAUUCUUCUUCAGCCACUCGGCCCCAGAAUCUGCCGACGAACAGAUGUCUAAAAUGAAUUUGACGGAAGCGGAAUUGGUCGUCAGCUUCUUCGUAUACCUUGUCCAAAAUGGGAUUGCCCCUUUGAAAAUCACCGUCUUGACAUUCUACAACGGGCAGAGGAAGCUUCUCCUGCGGAAGUUGAAAGCCCAUCCCGAACUUACGGGGCAAUAUUUCAAGGUGGUCACCGUAGAUAGUUAUCAGGGUGAAGAAGCUGAGAUAGGUAGGCGAACGCCUGGUAUCUCGUCUUUCGGAAAAGUGUAG